AUGCCACCAAAUCUUACAACCACUCUGAAAUGCCUAAAACCAAUCAUUGGCCUCACCUGUAUAUUCCAAAUCAAGUUGAAAGACUACAAUUUUACUGGAACUCCCCAGACUUUCCUUGUUUCCCGUAUUGUUUCGGAUGCUGGUGACUUGGAGAACCUUGAUCCUUCGGAAGCAGAUGCCACACUUGCUGCAGCGGAAGCUGGUGGGAAGGAUGAAUGCCACCAAAUCCUUACAACCACUUUGAAGUGUCUAAAACCAAUCAUUGGCCUCACAUGUAUAUUCCAAAUCAAGUUGAAAGACUACUAUUUUACUGCAACUCCCCAGACUUUCCUUGUUUCCCGUAUUGUUUCGGAUGUUGCUGACUUGGAGAACCUUGAUCCUUCGGAAGCAGAUGCCACACUUGCUGCAGCGGAAGUUGUUGUCGCCUCUUCACUAAGCCGCUUACACUUCGUCUUGGGUAAUGUUGAAACAGUAGUAGUAACAGCAGAAUGCUGCGAGCAUAAAAAUUCCGAUUCAGUGUCAUUCUCUGAAUCACAACCUUGCGCUGUUGCGGUGACAAGAGCGGAAUGA